AUGGGCAUGUUCGACGCGCCGUAUCCGGGCGAUGAGAGGACAAAAAACUCCCAAUGGCGCAGGGCUGCUCCUCGUGGCAUGCGCAGCCCUGAUCAUCUCUGGGGAGAAUACUGGCAGCGAUUCAACCUAUUCCCCAUUCCGAUCUUUAACAAGCAAGACUAUUUCAGAACAGCUAUGACGAUAGCAAAGGACGCCAAAAGCAAACAAGAUUUUGAGAGGAAAUUCGAGGAAUUAAACGAACGACGACUUGAAGAGCUCCGGUCCUUGUUGAUAAAUAUGUUCAAGGGUACCGAUGUCAUCUUCAGUUUCAACUGCAUCGAACGCUUUGUCAGAGUAUUGGGGGACUAUGCCCUCGAGCUGAAAGCACAAGCAGCACAAGCAGCACAAGCAGCAGAAGCAGAAGCAGAAGCAGAAGCAGAAGCAGUCAUGGAGAAACACAACCAUAUGGAAGAAAAUUCUCUUCAAGAAUGGGAGGGAAUAUCUAUCGAAGACGAGACGGAGACUCUUAUCAGGGAGGUCACUCAACCCCCCCCUGUUAACCCGGAGGACUAUGAACCCUCUAAUGAACCGGAGGAAUAUGAAUAUGAAUUUCAAGAUCUCACAGAAAAUGGCACUCAGUAUUUCGACGACGUAGACUGGGGUUAUAAGCCUCCGAGAACGCAUGAGUCUAAAUACGGGUCUUCUAAACCUGCACCGGACGAUGAUACCGACGACUCUGAUGACGACUCACAGGACUUUGUGGACGCAAAUGAGACUGUGGCGAUGGAAGAUGGGCUGGGAAGGCCAUCAAGUAUUUUAUCCAAAAGCAACACCUCAAAUUCGGCCAAGAAGAGGGUCCGAUUCAGUGAUGAGGAUGAGGAUGAGGAUGAGGAUGUCAGCAUCCAUGAGCCCAAACGUCGAAAAUUGGAGAAUCCGCUUUCGCCUACCCCGACCUCUCCGACUGCUCACGUCCCUUCAUCUAUAAAGCAAGUUGCAGACGCGGGCGUAUCAAGGAAGAGGUCCAGGCCUGACGAAGAAGAAGAAGAAGAAGAAGAAGAUAAUGGAUAUAAGCGUCAAAAAAUAGAGAAUGUGCCACAACCACCAUCUCUUAUUUCGCCUGCUAGCUCUACGGAAGACGGAUCAGCAAGUCAUCUAGCUCGGGGAACUUCAGAAAAGGUGCCAAAGGAGCGAGCAAGCAAUAACGGAAGACGCAAGCAACGACUACAAAAGUCCACAUCGCAAACUUUGCACGGAAAAUCUCCUCGGAAUACUCUUAACACGAGGUCUUCGAGGAGAUCGACAUCAUCUACGCUCUGGGAACUGGAUUCCUCGGGCAAGUCACGUUUGAUCUAG